UAUUCGUGCCCUCCGUGGAGGCUGGAAGGAUUUAGACAUUUCACGAGCUCAUAGCACUUCCUUCCUCGAGGAUACAUAGACUCAUAGAGUAACGGAGAAAGAGAGAAUGUGGGCGUCAAAGCUGGGGCAAUGGAGGAGCAUAGCCAAGGAAGCUGUAGACCGCACCAUGCUCAUCGCAGAAUUUCUCUGUCUUUUACAUGUCACAGAGACCUAUCUCUUCUCUCCAACUCUCGUAUAUGGUCCAAGCAUGUUACCCACCUUAAACAUGAGAGGAGAUGUGUUGAUUGUAGAUAGACUGUCACAUCAUUUGGGGAAAUUGGAGUUGGGUGAUGUUGUUCUUGUUAAAUCUCCACAAAAUCCUAGAAGAAUUUUGACUAAACGUGUUUUGGGCAUGGAGGGUGAUGUUGUUUCCUUCAAUGCUCACACUGGAAAUUUGAAGACUUUGGUGGUGCCAAAGGGGCAUGUUUGGAUUCAGGGAGACAACAUUUAUGCAUCAACUGAUUCCCGGAAUUUCGGACCAGUUUCUUACGGUCUUAUCCAAGGCAAAGCAUAUUGUCGGAUUUGGCCACUUACUGAGUUUGGGUCACUGGGGCCAGGAUAAUGGUGCGGUCAAGGGCACAAUACAUGUGCGUUCUAGGCACUCCAGAUCCGGAUCGGUUUCAUGAAUGAGGAUUUGAAUGAAACUAUGUCUUCCACCUACAUUUUCUAAAUUUGGUGCUUCUUCAAGACGAUCAGAACUUAGCAAGAACUAGUCAACCAUCGACAUCGACAUGCAUGCAUGACGGAAAGUUUAACUCACAACAGUAAUAAUUUUCGAUUUGAUUCUUUCUGGUUUUCAGCACAGUAAGGUUCUUGAACUCAAUCCCUGGUAAAAGGUAAAACUGUAGAAGACGGAACCUCAAAAUUGACCAAUUUAUUCAAGUUGACCGACAUAUGGUAAAAUUGUUAAAAGUUGCAUUUUAAGAGCUGGUGGAAUACUGUCCCUACCUUCUUCUGGUAUUUUAAAUUCUGAUUUGCUAAA